AUGCAUCUCUCGCUGGUUCAAUUUGCAAUUGUGUUGCUGGUCGCACUCGGCAGCUUAUCAUACGGCUACAGUGCAAGCAUCAUCUCCACGACGCUGGGUCAACCUACGUUUCUGUCGUACUUCCAUCUCGACAGGGCCUCGAAUGCCACCCAGCUCAUUGGCGCCAUGAACGGCCUGUUCCAGGGAGGCGGUCUCAUCGGUGCCCUAUCAUGCUUCUGCCUUGCCGACAACUUCGGUCGCAAGAAGGCUCUGAUGGCCGCGGCCCUGUUGACGAUUAUCGGCGGCGGCCUUCAGUCCGGGAGUGUACACAUCGCAAUGUACAUCGUUGCUCGCUUGAUCACCGGCAUCGCGGUCGGUGCUCUGCUCACGCUGGUGCCUCUCUACCAAAGCGAGAUUGCCCCUCCCCAAAUUCGAGGGUUGUUGGUGGGCAUGCAUGGUACUAUGAUUUGCGCCGGAUAUUCUCUCUCAUCCUGGGUCGGCUUCGGCUUCUACUUUGUCGAUGCGUCUGGGGCUCAAUGGAGAAUCCCUCUGGCCUUCCAAUGUGUCCUACCCAUCUUGCUGCUGUCGGGUCUUUGGCUCGUUCCAGAAUCUCCACGCUGGCUACUGAACAAUGAUCGCACAGACGAAGCUUUGACGUGCUUCACGGCCACGAGAGCCGAAUCUGUCGAUCAGGAAGAUACAGCUGGCAUCGACCAAGAAUUCCAACUGCUUCAUUCCCAGAUUGUGCGGGAAAGGAGGAACCGAGCACUUUGGAAUGACUUCUUCCGGAAACCCUCCCUGAGGAAAAGGUGCUUGCUGGGCUUUGGUACGAUGGUCGCCGCUCAAUGCACGGGCACUCUGGUGUUUGCCAACUACUCCGCUUUGCUUUACCAUGGCCUGGGAUUCAGUGUUAUAAGACAGCUUCUCAUGCAGAGCAUUUGGAUAACCUGUUCCUUUGUUUGCAACGGUCUCUGCGCUCUAAUUGUUGAUCGGGUGGGCCGGGUCAGAUUGCUCACGAUUGGCCUAAUUGGCUGUCUGUCUUCACUUAUCGGUGAGAUGACCACUUUAGCAGUAUAUGAGAAGACCGGCAGUCGUGCUGUAGCUUCCGGGGCCGUGUUCUUCCUCUUCUGGCAACUUUUCUGGUAUGGUUGCUGUGUCGAUGCCAACACCUACAUUUAUACCUCGGAAAUCUUUCCUACCCACCUCCGAGCGAGAGGAUUAGGCGUCUCCAUCUCCGGACUGUUCGCCAGUUCCAUCAUUUUCGUCGAGUCAGCACCCACAGCAUUUGCAGAUGUCGGGUAUAAGUAUUACGCGCUCUUCGUCUCGCUGAAUACCAUCGCCAUCUUCGUAGUUUACUUCACUUUCCCAGAGACAAAAGGAAAACGUUUGGAAGACAUUGCUGCCAUCUUUGGCGAUCACAUCACCCUGGAAGAUACCAAUAUGGAACGUUUGCAUCGUCAAUUCCAAGGAGAGGAAAAGGAGGGGGUUGCUAUUAUGGAAGUCGAAAACUAG